AUGCCCGGGGCUCUUCGCGGUGUCAAUCUAAAAGCUAUGGAUUGCCAAUGGCGCCAUAAUCCGCAAGCUUGGGUGGACGUCCAAAUCAUGUCAGAAUGGCUGACCAUGUUCUAUCAACAUGUCGGCUCGCGGCGAGUUAUCCUGCUCCUGGACGAUAAGCCUGCCCACCAAGCUGCACUGGAGACCACACCUCCACCAGGAAAUGUGCACAUCCAAUGCUUUCCCGAAAAAUGCCCCAAUGUAUAUCAGCCCUUGCGACUCGGCGUCACCGAGCAGCUCAAAACUCAUUAUCGCAAACAAUGGCUUGGGUAUAUGGCGACAAGCUUCGACUCCGGUUCAAGUCCGAUGGAAAUGAUCAGCCUUUAUCAUACCAUAUGCUGGAUCACUAAAAUCUGGCGACACGACAUUGCGAAUGCAACAAUCUACAAGGCAUUCCGCAAAAGCCACCUCGUCCAGCCACAAGCCGACUAUCUCACCGCGCCAAAGCCUCCAGACUUGACCGAGCUCUAUGAAAAGGUUAUUCGGUAUAAUCGGAGUGGUAUCUCUACAAGGAGUCUCGAAGAGUGGUUGAACCCCGUGGAGGAGGAAUACGCUGGCACGAUAGACGAGGCGCUCCGGCUGAACCCAAAUGUAGACACAUCCAUUCUGGAUGAAUCGGUCAACCCUCUACCACCGUAUGAAUUGAUCCCUGCCCCGGCAGAUGCCAUUGCGGGCAUCCAGACAGCCAUUUACUACAUGCUCAAUCAGCCAACAACUACCGCGAACGACAUCCUGUAUUUGGAGACGAUGGAAAAAAUAUUGGACCGAAAGGUCCGGAACGAGUUCCUCCAGCAACAACAUCAAACACUUGAAACAACACCUGCCCAGUUAUCAGCUCAGGCAGCUGCUCAAGUAACUGCUCUACUCCCUGCCCGAUCAUGGAUUCAAUCAUCACCCCAAGCACCCGCUCAACAAUCGUCUAUACCUUCAAGUCAGCCUCCCACUCAACCGUGUUCCCAAUCAUAUCGACCGCACGUUAGGCCAGCGACCCGGGCACCCUUGCCAACAGGCCAACGACUACUUCCUCCGCUCGCUGAACAACCCGCUCAACAAGCUUUGCAAACUCCGACUCAGCAACCCGUCGGAACAUACAUGCAAUACCAAUUUCCGAAUCAGAACUCCUCUUUUCAGCCAUCACAGGCCGGUAUUCGAGCUGUAGGUAUGGUACCGAUACAUAAUCCAUCCGGAAGUCCUUCCGUAGCGUCCACUAUGGGACCGAGCACGAGACUGUCGGGAGACCAGACGCGUACACCUUCGGAGGCAGGGUCCUAUCAACCUUCUGAAGAUCAGUUCUCUGGUGAUGACAUGGAGAUAUAA